AUGAAUAAUUAUAACAAUGAAUUUUCAUUUGAAAGAUUAUUUUGGAAAGUUUUUCAUAAUAAAUAUUUAUUAAAUUUAAUAAUUCAUCAUAUAGAAAAUCAAAAUAUUGAAUAUUCAAUUGAAGAUAUUAAUAAAUGGUAUGUUGGUAGUAGAAUCAAAUGGAAGGAUAUAAAAUCAUUGGAUUGGUUAGUUGAAAAACAACAAUGGUCAUUAUUAAAAUGUAAAUUAGAAGCAAAUGAAUAUAUUCAUGUUAAAGAAUCAUCAUUACAUAAAAUCAUUCAAUAUUGUGAUAAUGAUGAAUACUUGUUAGAAUUAUUUUAUAAUAAAUGUUAUGAACAAAUUAAUAAUAUUAUAAAUGGUAAUAAUUUCAAUGAUAGUAAUAAUAAUAAUAAUAAUAAUAAUAGUAAUGGUGAUAAAUUUAUAUUAUCAAAGUUAAUAACAAAAUAUAAUAAUUUAAUAUCAACUAAAAUUUUAUUACUAAAAUUGAAUAACCAUAAUAGUAAAUUAAUAAAACCAACAAUAACAAAUACAUUAUUAUUAGAAUCAUUCAGAUCAUCAACUUUAGAAAUUGUAAAAUUAUUAUAUGAAAAUGCUCCAAAAAAAGAGAUUGAAAAUACAAAGAAUCUUUCAAUUAAAAGGGCAAUUUCUAAUAUUAAAUUUAGCAAUCAAAUAAUAUCAUUCUUGCUAAAUGAUAGUAAUUAUUAUAAUAAUAAUAAUAAUUAUAAUAAUGAUAAUGAUAAUAAUGGUAAUACUGAUGAUAGCAAUAAUAAAAUUAGUAUAUUAUCAAUAUUAUCAUUAAAAUCAAUUGAAAUUCAAAAGAAAAUAAUUUCAUUAGGUUAUGCUUCACCCCCUUUAUUAGUUUUUUCAAAUAUUACUUUUAAUAAACCAAUUUUACAAAUGACAAUACCAGAAUUAAUACAUUAUAUUGAAAUUAUUGAAAAGUAUUUUCUAUUAAAUCAAAAUAAUAAUAAUAAUUUUAAACAAGUAGAAGAAGAAGGAGAAGAAGAGGAAGUAGUAGAAAAUAGAGAUAAUAAAGAUGAAGAGAAUAAUAAAAAUCAAAAAUUAGAAAAUUUAAAUAAAAGACAAUUAUUAAUAAUUUUAAUAAAAAUGAUGGAAUUUAAACAAGAAUUUUAUGAACCUUAUUUAUAUAAAUAUCAAGAAUUUAUUAAAAUUGGUAAUAUUAAAAGUAAUUAUAAUUAUAGAGGUCAACAAUCAGUUAUUAAAUAUACUUUUUCAAGAUUCGAUAUUAAAGGUUUAGAAUAUAUUAUAAAUAAUUAUAAUCAUUUUAAAGAAUAUCCAUUCAGAGAUAAAAUUGAUUAUAGUAAAUCAUUUAAAGAAUUUGAGGAUAAUAAAGAGUAUCAAGAAGAAAAGAUUAUAGAAUUUAUAAAACUAUAUUUUAAUAGAAAAUUAACAUUCUUUAAAGAAUGGAAAUCAAUGUUUCAAUUCAUAAUAUCAAAUUAUAGUAUAAACUUAAUAGAAAAGUUAACGAAUAUCAGUGGUAUUAAAUUAAAGAAUUUAGUAUUCACAAAUUUAUUGGGUUUAUUUAACUCUUUUAUAAAAUAUAAAUGGUAUUUUUUAAAUGUUGUAAUUCCAAUACAAAAUGAAAACUAUAAAUUAAAUAAUAUUAAUAAUAAUAAUAAUAACAAUAACAAUAAUAGUAAUAAUAGUGAUAAUAAUAAUAAUAAUAAUAAUUUAGCAAUUGGGAAUUUAAUGUUUCAAGAGAAACAUGAACAAGAAAUGAAAAUUCAAACUAUAUAUAGUGGUGUGUUAUCAACAAAGGAUAUGAUAGAUUUUAUAAUAGAUAUAGUUUUUCCAAUCAAUAAGACUACUACUAUUAAUAAUGGUCAAUAUCAAUAUUUAGCAAUUGAAACAUAUGAAUUGGCAGAAUAUGCAUGUUUUGAGAAAUUAAAAUCAUCAAAACCAAUACCAGAAUUAUUCUAUUACUCUUUUCAUCAAUCAAUAAUUCAGUGUAAUUUAAAUAAUUUAAAAAAGUUUAAAAAUAUACAAUUUGAUAUUAUUAAUAGUUUUGGAAAUUCAUUUUCAUUCAACCUAAAUGAUCCAGAAAAAGAAAUCAAUCAAUUAAUUUCAUAUUUAAAUGAAAAUAAUUAUUCAAAUUUUACUAAAAAACUAUUUUCAAAUUUUAUUGAAAAAUUAAUUGACCAACAACAACAAAACACCAAUUUUAGAAUAAAGUAUAUUAAUUUUAAAGGAUUUGAAAAUAUAGAAAUGGAAUUAUUAUCAAAGUAUAUAAUUGAAAUGAAAUUUGGAUUUUUAAAGACACUAAUUGAAUCAAGUGAUUCUAAUCUAUUAUUAAAAAUUGAAAAGAAUUAUUUCCAAGAUCAAAUGAAACGUUUGCGUAUAAAAUAUUAUUUAUAUAGUAGUAAAGGAAUUCCUUUCAAAUUUAAAUCAACAGAAUUAAAAUCUGAUUAUGUUAUUGAAAUUAUUAAAUUUUUAAUUCUAAAAAGAAAUCAACAAUUUCAAAUAACUAAUAAUAAUAAUAAUAAUAAUAAUAAUAAUAAUAAUAAUAAUAAUAAUAAUAAUAAUAAUAAUAAUAAUAAUAAUAAUAAUAAUAAUAAUAAUAAUAGUGGUAAUAUUUCUUUCAUUUUCAAUCAUUUAUAUAAAAGAUUAUUACAAUGUGAAGAUGUAACAUUUGAAAAAGUAAAAUAUGUUCAUCAAGAGUUAUUCAAUAUCAAAUGUAAAGAUAAUGAAUAUUGUAGUGGUGGUGAUAUUGAUAUUGAAAUUGAUCAUACUAAUACUAGUAGUGUUGUUGUUUGUGAUAUUGUCCCUCAAGGUGAAAAAAGAAAUGCAAUAGAAAUUGAAAUUGAAGUAUUUCAUUUAUUUUAUUUUUUAUCAUUAAAAUCAAGUAAAUUCAUAAAAUAUAUAUUAUCAAAAGCAUCAUCAUAUGAAAUAUUUUCAGAUAGAAAGAUUGAAUAUUACAGUACUUCAGAUAGUUAUAGAUUGUAUGUGGAAUUUGAUUUAGGAUAUUAUCUAAAUAGUGACUCAUUUUCAUUCAAUAUAAUUUUCAAUACUUCAGAUGAUGACUUAUUUAAAUUAUUAAGAGAAAAGAUAUCAUUAUUACCAAGAUUACUUAAAAAUAGUUUAUUAUCAUUAUCAAAUACAACAGCUUCAAGAAGAUUUAAAACUAACAGAUCCGAUCUUAUUGAUAUUGAAAGUGAUAAAGAAGAUUUCAAAUUCCUUUUAGAUACAAAUCAAAUCAAAUUAGCAAUUUCAAUGAUGAUUGAAUAUGCCAAUAAUAUAAAUAAUAAUAAUAAUAAUAAUAAUAAUAAUAAUAAUAAUAAUAAUAAUAAUAAUAAUAACUCAACCACCAAUGAUAAUAAUAAUAAUUCAAAUAAUAAUAUUAUUGACAAUGAAAAAUAUUCAAAUUUAAUAACUCAUUUUUCAUUUGAUUUGGUUGGAAUUAUAAAUAUUGAAAAUUAUAAUGAAAAGGUAUGGUUUGAAGAGUUUUUAUUAUUUUUAAAGAAUAGAUUCACAAAGAUUGAAAUUAGUAUUUUUUAUAAUAUGAUGUUAACAUCUGUACUGGAAAAAUCAAGACUACAAAUGAUAGACUAUCUUUUAACUUCAAAUUGUUUACUAGAAUGUAACGUAAUCUCAUCAGAACUUUUGGAAAUAAUUAAUGGUUUUAAAUCUUAUCAUUUAUCUAUAAAUAAUCAUUUAGAUAUUUUAAACUAUUUAAAAAAAAAAAAACUUUAA